CGCAAGUAAGCUUUUUACAAACCGAAACCAGACUACUCAUGUAGUAAAUGCAGCGGAGUUUCUCACCCCUUUGUGUUGUUACACGCAUACGGAAGUAAGAGGAGACUUCAUUAAUGUCUGCAAUGAAGCGAGCCUUCUCUGGGAGCAUUGGAACUCCGCCUCCUUCACAUGGACGUUCCCAUUCAUCCCAGCCAUCCCAGCCAGUGGUUGCCAAUUACCCAUCAUUCAAUGCAGGAAAGGUCGGCAGUCCGGGAAAAUCGUCCAGUCAUGAGGCACGCGUCCCCAAGCCACCCAAGCCUCCAGACAAGCCCCUCAUGCCGUACAUGCGCUACAGUCGCAGCGUGUGGGACAAGGUCAAGCAAGAGAAUGGCGACCUCAAACUGUGGGAGAUCGGAAAGAUUAUCGGCCAGAUGUGGAGAGAGCUGCCGGAGGAGCAGAAACAGAUCUUUACUGAAGACUACGAGAAUGAGAAGGUGGACUAUACAAACAACAUGAAGAUUUACCACAACUCACCAGCCUAUCAAGCUUGGGUCGUUGCCAAAGGAAAAGUUCAACAGCAGCAGGAGCAAGAAGCGAAGGAGCCAAGACCCAAGCCAGAACCCCGGAUGAGCAUCCAACCAGCCGAAGAUGAAGAUGAUCAAGAUGACGGCUUCUCAGUGAAGCACAUUGCUGCUGCGCGAUACCAGCGCAAUCAUCGAUUUGUCAACGAUAUCUUCAGCGAUGCCGCCGUACCAGACCCUCGUUCUGUCGUGACCGAGUCUCGCAUGCAAGUGUUGAAGCGACAGGUUCAGUCCUUGAUGCUACAUCAGAAAAAAUUGGAGAAUGAGCUGAUGCAGAUUGAGGAAAAACAUGAAAGUAAGAAAAGGAAGUUCUUCGAAACCAGCGAUCAGUUUCACUCCUCGAUUAAGAAGCUGUGUGAUCAGAAAGUUGAGAUAAAGUGGGACGAGCUUCCACCCCCUGACAUUCCCCUUCCUCCCCUGCCACCGCCCAUGGGGAGUAUCCUGAGCCACGCCCUUCAGCGACCCACCAUGGGACCAGCGUCUCUCUUACCAACACUCCCACCAAUGGUACCCACACAGGUACACGUUCAUCCCAGUCCGGUGCCACAGGUCGAACCACAACCAAUAGCCCCAACUGCGUCGUCAGAGCUGGGGCCACCACCGGGGUCGCAGCCGGGGUCAGAGCCCGGGUCACAACCGGGGACAGCACCCGAGUCACAGCCCGGGUCACAGACAGCCCUGGAACAGCAAUCACCAGAGCAGCCUUCAUUGACUGGACAGCCUAACGGGGAGCAGGAACCAAAGAAAGAAGAGCUGAAGAAGGAGGGGUCAAUGGAAGUUGAUGAACAGAAGGAAGAUUCCAACAACGAAACCUCCACCCUCCAGAGUGUUUGUCCGCCUCCCAAAACUGAUGGAGGAGAGAGUGAAAGCAAUCAAGACCCAGAGACGCAGAAACCAUCCAACCUAGACGCUCAUCCACCGCCCUUGAUCAAAGACGCUGUGGAGCAACCGACUCAAGAGCCCUCUCAACCCAGCCAACUCCCAGCGGAUGCAGUCUCCCACACUGCCCCUGAAGAGGAGAAGAAGAUGGACAAUCCAGCAGAGUCAACUGAGGUCUUGAAAGCUCCAGCGGUACCUGAAGAUAAGAUAGAGAGUGGUGGCAAGGAGGUCAAGACGGGGCCUGAGGAGCAGGUUGGAGGUGGUGAGAAGGAUGAUAAGGAGGUGGGACCGCAGGAAGAGAAAGCUGAGGAGAGUUCAAAGGAUGGAGUUAUGGCGGGGAAAGAAACACAAUAGCUUGAUUAUAAUCUAUCGGGAGUUCAAACGAUUCCAAGAUGCUUGGGUUGAUAUAGUGUUAGAUCUAAAAUGCAGGUUGUCUAUUUAGCUACCAUUGCCCUGUGUAUGGAAAACACCCGUUGUCUGUAAUUUGUUUUUUAUUUAUGAUUCAUUUGGUCAAUUCUGGGCACAGUUUCAAAAUUAUGCUUAAUACUGAAAUAAGAGUACUAUUUCAAAUACUAUGUGACAUGUGAAAUGUGUGACUGGUUUCCAGCUCAUUAUUGCUAUUAAGCAGGAAAUUCUUGAGCAAUAUUUUGUGUUUGAGCAGCUCUAUGGAAUUGGACCCAGGUCUUGCUAUGCAUCCAAGUUUAAACUUAAAGAAGCCAUUCGGUAAAUGUAUGUGUUGAGACCAGCUGCCAGUUGACCGUUUCAUUUGUACAUGUCCAAUGGUGUAUUAGUUAUUUCAUGUAAUAUGUUUGGUUCACAAAAAGUGCAGAUACUGGUCUUUGCGUAGACUUGUGAUAGACAAGUCAUUAAUGGUUUGUCGCGUUGAUAAUCAAGUCGUGAUGUUGGCGUAAUUAUUCAGGGCUCACCGCGAUUGAAUGCUGCUCGCGUGAGAUCACUUCUGUCAUGCAAAGCUGCUGAGUGCAGACUACUCCCCCAUUAACAAGAGUGCAUGAGAACUGUAGUCUUGUAGGGGCCAGCAGUCUCUCAAGAAUAUCCCCCAUGUCAUGCGAGUCUCGGGAGUCGGACAGAUAUAAUCGCGACAGACAUUGAAUGAACUGUCCAUGAGGCUAGUUUUUUGCGUAAGCAAUUAAACCAAUGUUGUGUGCAUGCUGUUUGUUUAAAACUCUUGACUCACUGAAUACUUCUCAAACAAUAAAUCUUGUUUACAUAUUUAUUUCCUAUUUGUGCAUGCAUCAGUCCAUUCUGCCUUGUUGAUGUUCCAAUACCAAAUGUAACAAAAUGUUGAUAUGUCCAGGUUUGUUUGCUUCGUUUUUUUAGGGGUAAGGGCUCUUUGAUAAAAGGCACCCUAUAUGGAAAUUGUAAAUCUCUACUGGAGUGUUUCAAGGGCAUGGAGGCAAAGGUCAGGGGGCAUGGAGGCACUGACCUUUGUUGCCUCCGUGAAGUAACGGGCCUGUAUGUCUCUCUUUUGACAACCAUGUAAGAGAAAAGUUAAUUUUAGGUGUUCACAACACAUUGCUAUUAAAGGUGAAAUAAAAUGUUAAUGCUAUGAAACAGGAGUACAUA